AUGACGACUGGGCAGUGGUUCCCAGGACGGUUCGCGAAGACGAAUCGAAGCCGCUUGCAAGGAGGCUCCUUUGGCAUUAUACAAACGCCCACGCGCUCUAGAGGGAGUCGUUUGGGUCGAUCUACAGAGUACACCGUUUGCAAAUUGCAAAGCAACCCACCAAAGAGCAUCGAGAGCGCAACAGAAGCCCGCCGCCAUGGUAAACAGCUGGUGGUGGCCAUUGACCUAGAGAGCGGCCCAAGAAAUACCGGAUGCCUUCGAUGGGGAUUUCGGAAGAAGUUCCAAUACGGGCCCAGUCGACUGAAGAUGAGGGCUGUCGUUCCUGGACCCUUGAGGGCUACCGCAAACCAGCCAGCACCUAUAGCCCCCGCUGUAUCAUUCUCGUGGCCCGGGAGGACGCGGCUCGGCCUCUUCAUCAUUAACCUGGCUCAAGGGGUGAUGCUUGCGCCUCGGGAUUUGCAAAGGCAUGGUUCUCCCUGUCUCCUCACAGAAAGGGCAUUCGACCCAUCCUGGCCAACGGUCUCCUAA